CUCAAUCGCCCUGGUUAUGUGCUUUAUAUGAUGGUUCCCGCAUAGCGAAGUGAUACCUGCCUGCCGAUAAGAUCCCCAAAAUGUGUUGUUACUUCUUCAAAUCCCACCCUGCAGUAUUUCGUGGAUAGGAAAGCACUCCACAUCCAGAUGUUUAGUUGUUCAACAUAUGGACUUGAUCAUUAUAUUGCCUCAGGGGAUAUAACGUAGUUGGUAUUUUUCAUUAUUCCACAAUGCAGGCAAACCUAGAGAGCAACAUUGCGGGAGGAUGGAAAUCCUCACCCCACACGCUGCCACUCGGCUUGUGUGGGGUGUUGGUAGGUGGAGUUCUGGAUUAUUAUCUUCUGAAGCUGCAUUUAACCUGCCAGUCAUCCACAAGUAUUUUCUAGUAGUCAUAGCAGGAUCUAUUGACAGCAGAGCUUGAAUCCAGAUGACGCAGCAGAUUGAACAUCCGGCACUCGGUUCCAUAACCGGCCUGCAGGGAGACGGAGUGAUCCAAUUCCUCGGUGUGCCUUAUGCCACUCUCGAGCAUAGAUUUGCGCAGCCGCAGCUCAUCGAGAAAGUCGAUGGUAAAUCAAUAGAUGCAACAAAGCUUGGGCCAUCUUGCAUCUCACCACCAGCGGGAUGUGAUAUGGAGCAUGGGUUCAUCCAGCAACCCCUACCUCAGCCAACGUAUUCAUAUUCAGAAACCGAGUGUCUGAACCUUAACCUCACAGUGCCAGAGAAGAAGAGUCUUGGUAAACUGCCCGUCUUCGUUUUUCUGCAUGGAGGUGGCUUCGUCAUCGGCUCCAAUGCCUGGCCACAAUAUAACCUAGCACGGAUGGUCAAACUGUCUACUGAUCUAGGAACACCAAUUAUCGGGGUAAAUGUGAAUUAUCGAUUAGGCGCAUUUGGGUUCCUGGCUUCUUCUGAACUCCAAAGCGCAGGCUUCAAGGCUAACCGCGGGAUUCGAGACCAACAGGCUGCACUGAGAUGGGUGAAGAAAUUCAUUAUUGGAUUUGGUGGUGACCCAGGCAGAAUAACGGUGGUGGGAGAAAGUGCUGGUGGAGUCUCUGCAACUUUACAUCUCUUGUCCGAGGAGCCUCUCUUUAAACAACUCGUAAGCAUGGGAGGCACGUCACUCUUGAUGAAACCGCUUCCACCUCCAGUGACAGAGUGGAUAUAUGCAGGCGUACUCAAGGCUUUGGGCUUGUCGGACUUGAGCGUGAAAGAUCGGAUUGAGGCAUUGCUCAAUUUACCAGCAACUGAUAUUCUCACCAAGGUUCCUCCAACAUUUCCGUUAAUACCUGCCCUAGAUGGAGAUGUAGUUCACUCCAAUUUGACCUUUGCCGAUUGGAGGAACGGUGCUGCAAGCAACCUCCCAGGAUACAGUUGGUGUAAGAGAGCCAUGAUUGGUGACUGCCAAUAUGAUGGAAGCAUCCUGGCGUACAUGUUAUUGCCACGGAAGGCAGGGAUUGCCGAAAGUUUUCGCAAAUCUGCUGAAACCACUUUGCCCGACCAUCCAUCCGUUACCCAGAAAUUGAUUGACGGCUACAAUAUCACGCCGAAUGUCCGAGAUGACGAGGCCAUGAAAAAUAUACUGCAUUUCGCAACGGACAUCGCAUUCUAUGCCCCAGCAGUAACCCUUGCGCAAGCAUGGCCGGCUAACAGUGCUUACCUGUAUCAUUUCAACGAGCCCAACCCGUGGGAUGGCAGUGGAAAAGGCGAGGCGACCCAUAUUCUCGACGUCGCUUUCCUAUUCCAGAACUACAACGAGAAGCUAUCGGACGAGCAAGCAGCUUCGGCCAGGGCGUUUGCGGCAGACAUGAUUGCAUUUGUGAACGAGAAUGAGCCAUUCCAAAGCCAUGGAACCAAUAAGGCAAGCGCAGCACAGGUAUAUGGCAUUCGAACACCAGGAGGGGUUGCAACCGUGAAUGGAGGCAAGCCUGAGGAUUAUGGGAGAAGGUCCAGAAUCUGGGACCUUGCCAGGGAGGUUAAUCUCGACCAAUUGGCAGGGGUAUGGGAUAGCUUUGUUGCUGGUCGAUAG